GCAAGUAAUAUAUUGUUUCUACUAAUUAAGUGACUUAAUUAUUAGUUUUUGGGGGAUUCAAACCAGUGAUUUCUACCUCAGUGACUACGAUUAUUAUUUUGGAUAUCGAUUCAUUAUGUGCCAAAUUGUAUUUUAUUUAAUUUUAUGUGUUUUGAUGCAAAAUGCAACGGCUCAAAAUUAUAACGAAACAAGAGAAAAAAUAACAAAGUUAAAAAAUGAACAUUCAGUUGUAUUUGCAGUUUCGACAUCCGCGUAUCAAAUAGAAGGAGCAUGGAAUGAAUCAGGUAAAACCGAAAGUAUAUGGGAUCGAUUUGUUCACACACAUCCAGAGAAAAUCAUGGAUGAAUCAAAUGGUGACAUCAGCUGUGAUUCGUAUCAUAAUAUCGAUCGUGAUAUAAAAAUGUUAAAAUAUUUGGGUGUGAAAUUUUAUCGUUUUUCAAUAUCAUGGCCACGGAUUUCACCCACACCGAUGCGUGAUGCUGCGGUUAACGAUGAAGGCUUGAACUAUUAUCAUUCGUUAAUCGAUAAAUUAAUUGAAAAUGAUAUUACACCGGUAAUUACGUUGUAUCAUAACGAUUUACCACAAAAUAUUCAGGAUUUUGGUGGAUGGACGAACGAAUUGAUCAUCGAAUAUUUCGAGAAUUAUGCUCAACUUGUAUUUAAGAAUUUCGCAUCCAAGGUUAAAGAUUGGAUAACAUUUGAUCUACCGGAACAGAUAUGCCAUAAACAUUAUGGUACAGAUGAUUGGCCACCAGAAAUUAGUUCAUCCGGUAUAGCGGAUUAUUUAUGUUUGCGAAAUUUAUUUUUGGCUCAUGCAACGGUUUAUCGAUUGUAUAAAAGUCAAUUUGAUACCGACAAUACAGGAAUUAUGGGUAUAAACUUAUUGUUUAAUUGGUAUGAGCCUGUAACAAAUUCCACCGAAGAUAUUGAAUCUGUCGAAAGAUUUCGUAAACUUUUUUAUGGGAUUCAAGCCGAUCCAAUACACUCUGAGUACGGUGAUUUUCCAGAACUAUUAAAAUCGCAAAUUGCAAAUAAAAGCAAAGAACAAGGUUUCCGUAAUUCACGAUUACCAUCAUUUACAAUUGCUGAAAUUGAAUUUAUUCGAAAUACCUACGAUUUUAUGGGUAUCACAUAUUUUACGUCGUAUCAAUUACCACAAACAUCGGAGCAAAUUUAUCCAGUUCCAUCAUACGAAGACGAUUUGGGUAUUCGUGAAGGGGUGUUCGAUGCAAAUUGGACCAAAACAUCAAUUUCUUUGUUGCAGAAUUAUCCUACAGGGUUAAAGAAUGUUUUAUUGUAUAUUAAAAAUGUGUAUAAUAAUCCAAAAGUAGUGAUUUUGGGAAAUGGAUGUGGAACUGCUGAAAGUACAUUGGAAAAUCUCGAAUGUGUUUCAUAUUUUAAGGAUCAUUUGGAUGCCGUUUAUUAUGCUGUCGUUAAUGAAGGAUGUAAUGUGAUUGGCUACAGUGCGUGGACUCUUAUGGAUAGUUUUGAAUGGGAAAAAGGAUACACGGAACGUUUUGGAUUAUUUGAAACUGAUUUCGAUAGUGAAACACGUCAUACAAAACCAAAAGCAACAGCUCACUUUUUCCACGCGAUCCUCAGUGAUGAAAAGAAUGAGACGACUAUUAAUCCAUCGACAACAGUAAGUCCACAUCAACCCCCAUCGAAUGUCGACCCACAAAUGAAUGGUAGUGCUUCCCUCAGAUAUUUAUUAGGAAAUUUAAACAAUUUCGUAAUCCUGCUAGUUAUACUUUUCAAUUUAAUUUUAACACAAAAUCUUAUGAUUUAAUAUUUA